UUCGAUUGUGUAGUGAAUCAUCGAGAGCAUGGACAUUUUGUUUCUAUUGUGAAAUUAAUUCAAUAAAAUUUUUCGGAGCCGGUCUUUUAAAACAUUUUUAUGUAUUUAAGUUCUUUGUAUUAGCUCGGUUUGGACAGCCAAGGUACAUCGUUACAAAAUGGCACAAUUUUUCAAUAGAUUAGGACAACUUGGUGUAGGCCUGAUUGUGACUGGAAGCGUUGUUAACUCUGCCCUUUAUAAUGUGGAUGGAGGUCAUAGGGCUGUUAUCUUCGACAGAUUUGCGGGUAUAAAGAAUCAUGUUGUAGGAGAAGGAACACAUUUCUUUGUUCCUUGGGUACAGAAACCUAUCAUAUUUGAUAUUCGAUCUAGGCCAAGAAAUGUCCCUGUCAUUACCGGAAGCAAAGAUCUUCAAAAUGUUAACAUCACGCUUCGUAUCCUCUUUAGACCAGUACCAGAUUCGUUGCCAAAGAUCUAUACUAUUCUUGGCGUAGAUUACGAUGACAGAGUACUGCCGUCUAUCACUACCGAAGUAUUGAAAGCUGUAGUUGCUCAGUUCGAUGCAGGAGAAUUAAUCACCAACAGGGAAAUUGUAUCUCAGAAAGUUAGCGAAGAUUUAACGGAAAGGGCUUCACAGUUUGGAUUAAUUUUAGACGAUAUUUCUAUUACGCAUUUAACCUUUGGAAAAGAGUUCACGCAGGCUGUAGAGUUGAAGCAGGUAGCACAGCAAGAAGCAGAAAAGGCACGUUUCUUAGUAGAAAAGGCAGAACAACAAAAGAAAGCAGCCGUCAUUACUGCUGAGGGUGAUGCACAAGCUGCCAGUUUAAUCGCUAAGUCUCUUGGUGAAGCUGGCGAUGGUUUAGUUGAACUUAGAAGAAUUGAAGCUGCCGAAGAUAUUGCUCUUAAUCUGUCUAAAUCCCGUCAAGUAGCUUAUUUGCCACCAGGUCAAAACGUCUUACUAAACCUACCACAAUAAAGAGAUAGAUUGGAACAGACAUUGUACACUUAAGUCGUGCAUUUAUAUCAUAACAAAUGCAUUUUUAUGCUACAAUGGUGUAUGAUAAGUAGAUGCUAUCGGAAGCUCCCUAAAAGUGUUGGUUAACAGGAAUAUAUAACGUUUCAUAGCAUUUAUAUUUCAGUUCUAGAUUUACAUCUUUUAUACAUGAAUACGUUCCUGUACUUUUUACCAUACUCAAACAAUUUUGAACAAUUUAUUCUAUACUUCCAGGUGUAUACUUUUACAGACCCCUUUCUUUGGUUAUAUAGUUGUUGAUCGAUAACCUGGAAGCGCAUUUGUAUAUUGCUAUCUACGAUUCAUUUUGAUUGCUUUGCAGAAUGAGGAGAGCAUUUUCCCUGUGUUAUCAAUAUACCGAUACACCGAUUUGUUAUCUGCUCUUCUUAAACUGGUGUUUAUUGAUUUACCAAUUUUUGGCUCUCUACCUCGUUGUAAACAUCAUAUGAGCUAGCAAGCAAUAACAGCACCACUUGUUUCAGUGUCAAGUAAUAAAAGCUGCUUUUUUUAAAUCAUA